AUGCCAAACCAACUGAAUUUUACUUCACACUCGUUCAGUCGUUACCGUAAACAUGGCGGCGAUGGAUGUCGAACCUCCGAAAAUGGAACAAAAUCUGCGUACGCUGAAGCUGUCGGGGCACGUCGGGUUCGACAGCCUGCCUGACCAGCUGGUGAACAAGAGCGUGCAGAACGGCUUCGUCUUCAAUAUCCUGUGCAUAGGCGAGACAGGACUGGGCAAGUCAACCCUUAUGGACUCGCUGUUCAACACCAACUUUGAGUCAGCUCCAAGCCCACACAACUUGCCUACAGUGAAGCUUAAGGCACAUACGUAUGAGCUGCAGGAGACAAAUGUUCGUCUUAAGCUGACGAUCUGCGACACAGUGGGCUACGGAGACCAGGUGAACAAGGAAGACAGCUUCAAGGCCGUCGUAGACCACCUGGAUGCCCAGUUCGAGGCCUAUCUCCAGGAGGAGCUGAAGAUCAAGCGCUCCUUGCCAGCAUACCAUGACUCGCGCCUGCAUGUGUGCCUCUACUUCAUCUGUCCUACAGGUCACGGUCUGAAGUCCAUCGACCUGGUGUGCAUGAAGAAACUGGACACGAAGGUGAACAUCAUCCCGAUCAUCGCCAAAGCCGACACCAUUUCCAAGACCGAGCUUCAGAAGUUCAAGUCAAAGAUAAUGCAAGAGCUCCAAGCCAACGGCGUGGAGAUCUACGCGUUCCCGACCGACGACGAGUCCGUGGCCGAAGUCAACGGGUCAAUGAACUCGCACAUCCCCUUCGCCGUGGUCGGGUCGACGGACAUGGUCAAGAUUGGGAACAAGACGGUCCGAGCGAGGCAGUACCCUUGGGGUACUGUGCAAGUGGAGAACGAGUCGCACUGCGACUUCGUGAAGCUGCGCGAGAUGCUGAUCCGCACCAACAUGGAGGACAUGCGCGAGAAGACGCACGCGCGCCACUACGAGCUGUACCGCCGCCGCCGCCUGCAGCAGAUGGGCUUCAGCGACGUCGACGCCGACAACAAGCCCGUGUCAUUCCAGCAGACGUUCGAACAGAAGCGCAGCGCGCACCUGGCCGAGCUUCAACAGAAAGAAGAUGAGAUGCGGCAGAUGUUCGUGCAGCGCGUCAAGGAGAAGGAGGCCGAGCUCAAGGACGCCGAGCGGGAGUUGCACGCAAAGUUCGACAAGCUGAAAAAAGAUCACACGGACGAGAAGAAGCGUCUAGAAGAGCUCCGCAAGAAGAUCGAAGACGAAACCAUCGAGUUCAACCGCCGCAAGCAACAGACCGCGCAGUCGCACCACACGCUCACCCUCGGCAAGAGCAAGAAGAAGUAAACUGUUGAUGGGUCAUGUGCUCCUAGUACCUGCGCCUGAAUCGGAUCAAGCUAGCUUUGUAGACUUUGGCAUGACAACAUGUGGAAGUGCCAUAUCUUCAUAGCAAUUUGACGUUGAUGAUGACACCCCAUACUUUGUUGUUGAAAAGUCUGUUCUGAGAUAGCUUGGCCCGAUUCCGAUAGGCUUAUUACACCUCUAUCCAUCGAAUGCAAUCGCCGAAAGCAACAGGCGGCGCAGUCCCUCCGCACACUCACCCUCGGCAAGAACAAGAAGUAGACUACCGGACACAUCAUGUACUCCUGGUACAUUGGGCAUGAUGAAAAUAGAAAAUAAACCUCUUUUAACUUUGAAGAGGUGCGCAGUUUGUAAAUGAUUCUACACUAAUUUAAGUUAGACUGUCAAAUUUCAAUUUAGUAAACAUUGGCAGUAUGGAAGAUAGAGGUAAGGAGGAAACUCUUAUGGGAUGGGACAGGUAUAAAUAACAGUUACAAAUAUCUCCAGAGUGGCGCUAGAGGGCUGUAGGACAUAAAUAUAACUUAGCCGUUAUUGACGGCGUGAAAUUGUUCUGUCAGUGAUUUGUUUUUUUUUUAUCGAAUAUUCUAGAUAUUGUGGCGCGACCAAUUUAUGGUUUUUUGAUGAACACUUUUUCAUACACAGAGAAUGUUCUUACAUCUACCCUCCAUAAUUGAAAGCAAGGUGUAAUAAGUUCCGUCAAUAAUGAAUUAAUGACGUAUUAUACAAGUCUGUUAAUAUAAAAUUACCGCCUCUUUUUAUCCAGGCUAAUUCCUUGCACUGGAACUUCAAGUGUUUUCAAGCAACCUGCCUUAGCAUAAUAUGUGGUGGAUGGUCGAUAUCACACAUUUAAGGCAGGGUUCUCUAUGAGAUUUUAACGAAUUAAGUUGUAUCUUACCUAAUCUAAUGAACAUGGAUUCUUUUAAAUUGAUAUCUGGUUUUCGCUUAUAGCAUUCAUUAUCCAUUCUACUAAUUGAAAAUGAAUGCGUAUAAUUAUAACUAGGUUCGAUAAUGAUAGAUUGCUUAAGGUAGCACUCGCACCGCCGACGAUUAGCAAGAAACUAUUAGAGUUUAAAUUAGAGAGUUUUAUUCGACAGUGUCAACAGGCAACGAUAAAUAUAGGUUUUAUUCGGUAUAAGUACUGUUUGUACGUUUUUGAGCGAGAGUAGUAUAGCUCGUCGGCGGUGUGACAGCAGCCUUACAGCUUGAUUCACUAGUGAAUAUUGCUUUGUGAUGUAUUUUGUUCAUACAAAACCGCUCACAGAGAACCGGCCACUGCAACCUACUGUUGAUUCUAGACUAAACACGUAGAUAAGCGGCGUUAACCUUUAAACCUCGGUAUUUUACUUAAACCACAGAAUAAAUAAUAGUACUACCGUAUAGAAAGGAAACUUCCUACAAAGCCGAAGUUUGACAGCGAUUCAAGGCCGAAUCAUGUUGUCCCUUUCUAGUGUAUGGAACUAUCCCUUUCGGCUAUUUAGGCUUGUCAAAAUUAAUGUAAUUAUCUUAUCUGUGGUUGUGCACGCAAAGGGACGUCAAGUUGUGCCAACCCUAAUAAUUGCUCGGAGCAAUGCCCAGCCGAACAGAGCCGAGAUAGCCCGAAAGCUCUAGUUUCCUCCCCCCGCUUAAACAUUCAACACUGCUUCUGGAUCGCUUGUGCAUUUUAAGAUGAAAUAAUGAAGCAUCUACGUUUUUUCAGAAAACAUAAAAUAUUCUUAUUGUUAUUCAUACUGAGUAUCGUGAGAGUUUUUAUAUUUAUAUGCCUGUGGUCAUUAGAGCGUACUAAAUAGCUUUUGUAAGAUGCGCUAAACGUAGAACUUGGAUCCAUUGCCGUAUUAAUUUUAAUAUUGUUUAUAAGUUAAUUUUAAGAAAAUUGGCCAAAUAAUAAAUGUAACCAAUACUAUCUGGUUAUAAAAUAUCACUCGACUUACCAAAUGUAUUAUGAAUUAUGAUGAAUAGUUUAUAUAAAAGUUUGUAUUCUGUGCGUGACUUUGAAAGCGUUGACCAGACAUUUAAACUCGAAAUAAAUGAACAUGAGAAUAAAAUUUUAAUUUUGUCACUUGAAUGAAUGUUUUGUCUAGUUAACGUAUUCGGGCGGAUCAACUUUUUUUGUCAAAAUAACAAAACUUCUGAGACAGAAAUUAAAUAUAUUAAAACUGGUCGAUCACUUAUUUUUUUGUCCAAGAUUGCUCGAAAUGUUUCGCUCCAUAACGAGCACCUCCAACGGGAGCACGCGUUGGCGGAUCGACGCAGACUCAUUGUGGGUCGUGUCGAGCAAUCUUCGACUUAAAAUACAGGGGCGACCCGUUUAAAUAUAUUUAGCUGUUAUGGGUUGUUGUUUUGGGUCGUUGUCACAGUUUAUUAGAAGUAAUGUAUUCGUAAAUUUCAAUAACAUAAAAUCAGGAUUUGGGAAACGUAAGCGUAACUAUGGCAACGAGUGAGAUUAAAAAGUUGAUUCAUUCACUUUACUCCUCUAGUAUAAGGUCUCAAAUUAAACAUACGGUUAUGUUUAAAUAGUUUAUUACAUAUGAAUGUAGCCGUAUUGGAAACGCAGUUUUUGCUACCACUACAAUAAAUUAUUUUGCGUUUUGACAUAAUUCCUGGCUUCGUAUUAAGCCGCUGUAGUAAUAAUAAUCAGAUUUAUAUCAAUAUUUAAUUAAUUUUAAUGAAUUUUAUAAUCGUUUUAUUAGUAAUGCUCUCUACGACAUUUUGUACUUUGCAGUAAACGGCUAGUGUAGACUUAGAGGGCAGUAUGUAAUUUCCACGCAUUUAUUUGUUCAUUCCUUUUAUAUAUUUUUUAUACUUAUAAUUAAUAUUUACCUGAUUGAGGUAUUUAAUAAAAUCGUAAAAUAAAA